AUGGAGAGAAUUGCCUCUUAUACUAGACCCGAAUCGAGUCCCUUAAGUAUUGACAUCGGCUACCUCUCUCGCAAUGAUGGUGAAGACAAGCAUAUCUUUGAUGCAACAAUCUUUCCUAAUCUAGAAUCCUUGACAUUAUCUCGAUGGCAGAUGGGCUUUCCAAGUGAACUGAAACCAUUGACCGUGGAGACUGCGAAGUUACUGGGACCAGAACUGAAGCUCUUCGGGUGGUCUUUUAGCAUUUAUGAUCAGCAUAGCAAGUCUUGGAAUGACUUUGGAGAGAAAGAAGAAGAGUGGAUGGAACAACUUGGGAAGCAUGCUAUUGCUUGCAAGGGUGCACUCAAGAUUGUCCAGAUAGAUUUCUGCCCUGAUAAUUAUGGAGAGACGGAGAGUGGCGGAUAUCUAUGGGACCGCAUGGAUAACGUUCAAGAUCAUCUUCUCAGACCUAACGGCAUAGAUCUUGUCUAUUCUGCACCUCUAUUAUCCAAAGAUGAUUGGCUAAAUAGGCUAGCGAAGGUCCCGAUCCCGUUCGUUUCGACUUUGGUGGAAUACAGAGAGGAGUCGGAGUCAGAGGUUGAGCCUUGGGGUAUUACACCACCUGGUGUUCAUGGAGGAGAUAUUAGAGAUUGUUUCACUCUGUCGUAG